AUGGCUCUGGACAACUACUAUCGCAAUAAAAUCGAGGGCAUGAAGCUUGAGAUUAUUCAAGGCCAGGCCGUUCUACGACGAUUAGAAGCGCAGCGCAAUGACUACAACUCGAGAGUCCGUCUACUGCGCGAAGAGCUUGGUUUGUUGCAACAACCCGGCUCCUACGUCGGUGAGGUGGUGAAGGUGAUGAGCACCAAGAAGGUUCUGGUGAAGGUACACCCGGAAGGAAAAUACGUGGUGGAUAUCUCUGAUGGUGUGGACAUUAGCAAACUCGUUGUGGGAAAGCGAGUCGCUCUUCUGUCUGACUCCUACAAGUUGGAGAAGAUGUUGCCGUCCUCGGUCGAUCCUCUAGUUGCACUCAUGAUGGUCGAGAAGGUCCCCGACAGCACUUACGACAUGAUUGGUGGCCUAGACCAGCAAAUCAAGGAAAUCAAGGAAGUGAUCGAGCUUGGUCUCAAGCACCCCGAGCUGUUCGAAUCUCUAGGUAUCGCACAGCCAAAGGGUGUCUUGCUUUAUGGUCCACCCGGAACCGGCAAGACUCUGCUUGCUCGAGCAGCCGCUCACCAUACCGACUGUCGAUUCAUCCGAGUGAGUGGUUCAGAGCUGGUGCAGAAAUACAUCGGUGAGGGUAGUCGGAUGGUGCGUGAGCUUUUCGUCAUGGCGCGAGAGCACGCACCAAGUAUCAUCUUCAUGGAUGAGAUUGACAGCAUUGGAUCAAGCCGGAUAGAUUCAUCAGGUGGUGGUGACUCGGAGGUGCAACGAACCAUGCUGGAGUUGUUGAACCAGUUGGAUGGCUUUGAGCCAACGAAGAACAUUAAGAUUAUCAUGGCGACAAACCGACUGGAUAUUCUGGAUCCGGCCCUACUUCGGCCUGGGCGAAUUGAUCGAAAGAUCGAAUUCCCCCUCCAUCGUCAGGUCGAAGCUCGUGCCGACAUCUUGCGGAUCCACUCUCGAUCAAUGAACCUGACCCGUGGGAUCAACUUGACUAAGAUUGCCGAGAAGAUGAACGGGUGUUCUGGGGCUGAACUCAAGGGAGUCUGCACAGAGGCAGGCAUGUAUGCACUCCGCGAGCGUCGGGUUCAUGUCACACAAGAAGACUUUGAUCUGGCCACCGCCAAGAUUCUCAACAAGCAUGAUGACAAGGAGGUGGCCGUGUCGAAGUUGUGGAAGUAG